GAUGUUUGCGCGUCUUUAGCGCAGGAUGUGGGACAGCGCAGCGCACGUCCCUGGAAACAGUGAAAAAGUAGAAGCAUGUAAUAUUAAUGGAUCCAGAGUUGUGCGGGUGCCUUGGGUAAACCAAGUCGAUUGACGCGCGCGUUAAACCAGCCGCAUGUGAUUUCCAGCUUCAGUCAUUUUGGCAGCACGAUGCGAGAGAGAGACAGACACGGAGCUGUGAAACUGGACCCUCUGCCAGAGAUGUCGACGGAGAGGAAUCCCUGAAACCACCGCUGCCCAGGAAAUAUGGACAAAUGUUGUUUUCUGUGCGAGUGCGGGCUGAUUUUUCCUCUCGGUUUUUUUGCACAUCGCUUACAGAGUAUAGUGGACCAGGAUGCCGUGUGGGCGAUGCUGCCACAAGGGAUACAUUGUGAUUUCGCAGAGAUGUUUUAGCAACCGUUGCAUAAAUUAGAAUAAGAAAGCCCGUCACAUGAGGGAUCGGAGUCCAAAGGGAUCUAAUAAGACAUCACCACCUGUUACUAGAAAAUCAGCACGUCCAGCGGUCGGGGACUGCCAGGAGUGAAACCACUACACGAUAGCCUCAUUCUGCUCUUCAACACCCACAGCCAGCCAGGAGAGGUGACAGCACUGCUCUCCAACCACCCAAGUCUGACAGCCAUGAUUCGGGGACGCCCUCUGCCACGGCUCAGAUCAGGGAUCAACUCACUGCUCGAUGGCUAGAUCUCACCGUACAAAGAGCUGGGGGCCUUUCUACUGAGUAUCCCUCACUGCGUAGUAGCACAUGGAUUUCAAGACUUCAAAUGAAGAGACAAAGACUGGGAUUUAUUUGAUGCAAGAAGGUAAUGAGGAGCCAUUUAAUAUUCGACUACACUUGGCCAAAGAUAUUCUGACCAUUCAAGAACAAGAUGUCAUCUGUGUGUCAGGAGAGCCUUUUUAUUCAAGUGAGAGGACUGUAACGAUCAGGAGGCAGACAAUUGGAGGGUUUGGCCUGAGCAUCAAGGGUGGAGCAGAGCAUAAAAUCCCCGUCGUGAUAUCAAAAAUAUCAAAAGAACAAAAAGCUGAACUCUCUGGGCUACUUUUCAUCGGCGACGGCAUCCUUCAGAUAAAUGGAAUAAACGUUAGAAGUUAUCGCCACGAGGAAGUGGUCCAGGUUUUGAGAAAUGCUGGUGAAGAAGUGACUCUUACUGUCUCUUUCUUGAAGAAGACUCCAGCCUUUCUGAAACUGCCCCUGUGUGAGGACUGCACAUGCAUCCCCAGCGACCAGAGUAGCGGGACAUCCUCUCCUCUGUGUGAUAGUGGCCUGCACUUGAACUACCAUCCCAACAACACGGACACGCUGUCCUGCUCGUCCUGGCCCACGUCCCCGGGGCUUCGCUGGGAGAAGAGAUGGGUGGACCUGCGCCUUAUUCCACUGCUUCACUCACGCCUGUCGCAGUACAACCCGGGCUCUGACGUCUGCAGGAAAAAUGCUUUCCAGGUCAUAGCUGUAGACGGAGUUUGCAGCGGGGUUAUACAGUUCCCCACAGCUGAAGACUGCUUGGACUGGCUUCAGGCAAUAGCGAGCAACAUUUCCAGUCUCACCAAGCACAAUGUGAAGAAGAUUAACCGAAAUUUUCCAGUUAACCAGCAGAUUAUCUACAUGGGCUGGGUCGACGAGAAGGAGCAGGACUCCGUUCAGGACCGAAUGUAUUCACCAAAGUUCCUCGCUUUGAGAGGUUCCUCCCUCUUCAAGUUUUCAGCACCUCCUGUGACGACCUGGGACUGGACCAGAGCGGAGAAAAGCUUUACUGUGUACGAGAUAAUGUGCAAGAUUCUAAAGGACAAUGACCUUCUGGACAAGAGGAAGCACUGCUUCAGCGUCCAGACGGAGAGCGGAGAGGACAUGUUCUUCAGCGUGGAACUGGAGUGCGAGCUGCUGAUCUGGGAAAAGGCUUUUCAGAUGGCCACUUUCCUGGAGGUGGAGAGGAUACAGUGUAAAACAUAUGCCUGUAUCAUGGAGAGCCACCUUAUGGGACUCACAGUUGACUUCAGCAUGGGCUUUGUGUGCUUUGAUGCAGCUUCAAAGGCAGUGCUGUGGAGAUACAAGUUCUCCCAACUAAAAGGGUCAUCUGAUGAUGGAAAGAGCAAGAUCAAGUUUUUAUUCCAAAAUCAAGACUCCAAAUCUAUUGAAGCAAAGGAGCUGGAGUUCUCAAACCUCUUCGCCGUGCUUCAUUGUAUUCACGCUUUUUUUGCUGCCAAAGUCGCCUGCCUGGACCCGAUGUUUGUGGAGAGCCAAGGCACCGCGACCACCACUGGGUUUCCUUCUCUUUCCAGUAUCUCAUGUAAUUCACAGACACCUAAACUCAAAUAUGCCACCUGACAGGCGCUGCUCUCUCCAGACCCCUUUUGAAAGGGAUGCUGAAGUAGUGACUGUGGCCUGAAAUGGAGGACAGGAGAACUAAAAAACGCUCAAAUCAUGACAUUAUUGAGGAUAGCUGGGGAAUAAAAGACCUCUUUGAGAGUUAUAUACUUGAUAUCCAUGAAGAAGUUUCAGAUUUCUGGGAUUUCUGAAAUACUUGUGGACCUAAACACGAACCUCUGCUUUGAGAAACUUCACAAAAAGACUCUGUGGACACUAAAUGUGUGAUUUAAAAAAUGUUUUUAAGUGAAUUUGUCCUCCUGAUCCUCAGACAUCCUUAUGAUCACAUCACAAAGAAAAAUGCAGUUCUUUUCCCAAGGUAGUCUGCUUUUCUAUGUAAUUUUAUUCAAGGUUUGGAGAGUUAAAAUAAAUCAGAUUUUAGUCUUUUUGUUCCACAUCACUUGAAAUU